AUGCCCAAGGAGCUUGGUGCAUUAUCUAAUCUCCAAGUCCUUAAGGGAUUUAUUAUUGGAGAUUUCAAGGACAAAAAGUCAUGUACAGUCAAUAAUUUGACAAAAUUGUCAAAGCUACGAAAAUUGAGCAUUUCCACAAGUAUGAAAGAAUUUCCAACAGAUCUGCAGCUUCAUCAUUUACAAAGAUUAAAAUCUCUACAGAAGUUGAAAAUAUCUUGGUCAGGAUGCAUUUUACGAGGUAAAACUGAUGAUUCACCUAAGCAAGCACAACUAUUUUCCAAGCAGACAACGCUGACAAGAUCAUUCAUUGAGCAGCGUGAUCCAAAACUUCCUCUCUUAUUGGAACUUCCUUCAUCGUUGCAAAAACUAGAGCUUGAGGGUUUUCCUGAAAUAGAUACACCCAGUUGGUUGUGGUCUGGCAAUUUGAAGAACUUGAAGAAACUUUACAUCAGAGGAGGACUAUUGUGUAAUUUGGACAAAAUAGUAGCUACCACAGUUGAAAUGUUAAAAUUGAAGUACUUGAGUAACUUAAAGAUGCCUUGGAAAGACAUUAUGAUGUUAUUUCCCAAUUUGAUUUACUUGGAGAAAGUAGAAUGUCCCUUCCUCAAUUCCUUCUCGUGUGAUCAAAAUGGUGUUUGGAUGAGGAAAGACAAUGGCAUCGAUGAGAAAUGUGAUGGAAGAAACUACUGA